UCGGCAACAAGCUCGCGGCUACUUACAAGUCAGUCUAGCUCGCCCAUGAUGUUGUUGAGCCAGCAUCCAGGUUGGCAUCGCGCGAUGGCGCUUCAGACCCUCCACGCGCGUGGGAAGUGGGCAAAAAGUGAGGAUCUACAGAGCACAUGGGUUGACUAGAGCUCGAAUCAUACUGCCCAUGCAUGCUACUACUGGCUUGCUGCAUGAACUAUGGAGUCAGCGGGUUCCCAUCUGAGUUCGCGCUUCUCAUGGCGAACCGCAAGCUUUUCUGAGGCGAGCGAAGAUGAUUCUUCUCACUCCGCUAGGAUUCUCCUCUUGGUGUGGACCAGCCGGAGUUUUGUUUUCCUUCCUCUUCUUUCUGUCCGCCACGACCCGCUUCCCCCAGGACCAACCCGACAUCGGUGAUAUGCACAAUUGUCUGUAUGAGGAAGCACCCCCCACCAAAAGGGAAAACUUUCAGUCCAGAGAAUAGGAACACAGGAAGCCAUUCAUCCCAAGAGUGAGAGACUGGAGUCGGGCAAGCCUACAAACCCAUCACACAAUUGCAUCAUCACAAGAGUUG